AUGAAGUCACUUCUCUUUGGCCUGGUCGCCUCUCUUGCUGUUCCAGCUAGCAGCACCUUUGUUGUCCAAUGCUACAGCCGUCUCUUUGAUCAACGUGCUGAUCCCGUUGUCAGCCCUGGGGUCGCUGCAAGCCAUGUGCACACCAUUUCCGGUGGAAAUGGCUUCAACUUCUCUAUGGACUAUAACAAAGCCCGUGCAUCAAAGUGUUCUACCUGCAACAUCAAGCAGGACUUGUCUAACUACUGGUCGCCGAAACUGUAUUUCCAUGUGCAGAAUGGGAGCUUCUUGAGUGUCCCUAUUAUUGGGGAUACAAGUGGGGGAAAUAUGGGCGGCAUGGCCAUCUACUACCUGACGCGCUCCGGCCCUGACAACGACAAGCUGAAGGCCUUCCCUCCCGGCUUCCGCAUGCUUGCUGGUGACUCAAGCAAACGAGUCGCAACUGAUGACUUUGCCGGCCGCGCUGUAUCCCAUAAGUGCGUGGGGGGCUCUGGACCAGAUACUAAGGGUCUUCCAACCCAGAAGUGCGACCAGAUCCGUGUCCAAGUCACAUUCCCAUCGUGUUGGGACGGAAAGAACACAGACUCCUCGGACCACAAGUCUCAUGUUGCGUACCCCAAAGAUGGAAACUAUGAUGGUGGUCGGUGCCCAUCAAGCCACCCCGUUCAUUUGGUGACCCUCUUCUAUGAGGUUUACUACGACACUAAAGGAUUUAAGAAUAUGUGGUAUGGUGACAAGCAGCCGUUCGUCUUUGCCAAUGGAGACGCCACCGGAUAUGGCUACCAUGGCGAUUUUGUGAACGGCUGGGACACUACAGUUCUCCAGAAGGCACUUGACAACUGCGUUGACGGCACACCGAACUGCCCGGCCCAAACCUUCGGCGACUUCCGCUCUCAAGGCGAAGCCCAAGCCUGCAAACUGCCCUCGAUGAUCAACGAGCAAGUUUCUGGCGUCCUUCCCACCCUUCCUGGAUGCAACCCUGUGACUCUCGGUCCUGCACCCGCUUCUCCCCAAUCAAACUGCCUCGCUCCAAAGGUCUCGGUAGCGACGCCCCAAAGCAUGGGCUACGUCGAUGUAACCAAGAGCAAGCAAUGGAAGUACAUCGGCUGUGGCAAAGACGACAGCGGAAAGCGAACGCUUUCACAAGCCCAAACUUCAAGCAACAGCAUGACGGUCGAGACUUGCAUUGAUUUCUGUAAGAGCAAGAAUACGCAGUACGCGGGACUUGAGUAUUCCGGCGAAUGCUAUUGUGGAAAUAGUGUCGCUGCUGACCGGGCGCCUGUUAAAGGUUCGGUGGGCAAUUGCUUGAUGAAGUGCAAUGGCAAUAAAGACCAGGUCUGUGGCGGGGCAGCCGCGAUUAGCUUGUAUCAAGCUUGCAGUGGUGGAGCGUGCUCGAAUGCCGUCAAGAGGGAGAGUAGGCUGCUAUCGGCCCUGGAGCAUACAAGUGCGAAUGCAGUCCGGGACGCCACUGUGCUGGAGUGA